AUUAUAUUCACGUGAACGACCUAUUAUUUACGUGCAUGCUGUUCAUUAUAAUGGCCUUGAUGCUUUUUUAAUGAACAUUACUUUUAUAAUAUUAUACUACAGAGUGUUAUGUAGACAUAUUAAAUCAAAUUUGAUAACAUCUCUUCAUAUUUUAUAUUAUUAUUUAAUUAAAUAUUAUAGUUCGACCAUAACUAUAUUACUAAAAAAUGGCCCAGCUCAUACCGUUAGCAGCACCGUUAAUAGCCGUGGCAAAUGCCAUUGCUAAAAAUCAAAAUGCCCAAAGUCAUAUCCAGUUAAGGGCUGAUGAAAAUCGGGAGGCUAUGGCAUUGACCCAGAAACUAAACUCAGAAAACGCCCAUGUUAACAUUAAUAGGAUCAAGGAAAUGGCUGAGUAUACACGUAAUAUGCAGACUGGCAUGGCCGCCAUAAUUGACCAAUGUUAUCGGCGCGAGGCUCGACAUGUGGCUGUUAUUAAUAAUCUGAUUGAAAACCAAAAAGCCCAGCUGGAUAACUUUAAUAAGUUUAUGACUAAGAUUACCGACAUAAGCGAGCGGCAGCAUACUGACCACUACAGUAUGGGUUCUGAUCAGUCAUUUGGGGGUAAAGAUGGACGAUUGGACUCAUUUGGCACAUAUGAUGAGAUCUGCGAGGUAGUCAAACCAGGAGAUGUCAUCGAGAUAUUGGUGAUGACGUCUGUUCAUCGUCUGUUGAGAAAUGUGAGAAACUGA